AUGGCUUCGGUUCAACGUAUUAAUAAUUUUAUCAAUGGAAAAUAUGCAUCUACAGAAAAUUAUUUGGAAAGUUUGAAUCCAUGCACUGAAGAAAUCAUUGCUCAUAUUGCAGAUAGUACAGUAGAUGACGCUAAACUUGCUGUUCAAGCGGCGCGACAAGCAUUUCCUUCAUGGAGUCGUCAAACAGCUGCCAAACGAAUACAUUAUCUCAAUCGAAUAGCUGAUUUGAUAGAAGCACGUUUAGAAGAUUUCGCUCGUGCUGAAUCAUCAGAUCAAGGUAAACCAUUGUGGCUAGCACGAACAGUAGAAAUACCACGAGCGGUUGAUAAUUUUCGAUUCUUUGCAACAGCUUUAUCACAAAGUCGUGAAAGUUUUACACAGCAUACAUCAGCGCCGAAUGUGAUAAGUUAUACAACACGAAGUCCAUGUGGAGUUGCUGUAUUAAUUAGUCCUUGGAACUUACCUUUAUAUUUAUUAACAUGGAAAAUUGCACCAUGUAUUGCAUUUGGUUGUACUUGUGUAUGUAAGCCGAGUGAAUUUACUUCUGUGACAGCUGGUAUGCUUGCUCAAGUUUUUAUCGAUGCUGAACUUCCACCGGGUGUUGUUAAUCUUGUUUUUGGUGUUGGUCCACGAGUUGGUCAAGCACUUAUAACUCAUCCUGAUGUUAAUGCUAUUUCGUUUACUGGCAGUACAGCUACAGGUUAUCAUAUUAAAAAAGCAACAUCACAUUUGCCUGUUAAAAUAUCACUUGAAAUGGGAGGAAAAAAUUCAGGUAUCAUUUUUAAUGAUGCUGAUCUAUCAAAAUGUCUUCCUGUUUUACUCAGAUCAUGCUUUCUGAAUUCUGGCCAAAUUUGUUUAUGUACAAGUCGUUUAUAUGUUCAACGAGAGAUCUAUGAUGAGUUUCUUAAGAAAUUUAUUGCUGAAGUCAACACUUUAAAAGUAGGUGAUCCAUCAGAUGAUAGUACAAAAAUGGGUCCGGUUGUUAGUAAGGAACAUCAAAAUAAAAUCGAAAAAUAUAUUGAAUUAGCACGACAAAAUGGAAAUAAAGUUAUAGUUGCUGGUAUUAUGGACGAAAAUAUUAAAAAAUCAAGCAGAGGCUAUUUUAUAAUGCCAACAGUGAUAUUAAAUGUUGACGAUGAAUCAAAAUUAAUGACUGAAGAAAUUUUUGGACCUGUUGUUUGUAUUGUACCAUUUGAUACUGAAGAUGAAGUUAUGGAACGAGUAAAUAAAACUCAAUAUGGUCUUUGUGGUUGUCUAUGGACGGAAAGUAUUGGUCGAGCUCAUCGUCUUGCUACUCGAAUGGAAUGUGGUACAGUUUGGAUUAAUGGUUGGAUGUUACGUGAUCUUCGUAUGCCAUUUGGUGGUGUUAAGGAUAGUGGCGUGGGUCGUGAAGGUUAUCCUUAUUCUGAAGAUGUAUUUACUGAAAUCAAAACUGUAGGCAUAAACAUUGCAUAA